AAUGGUCGGGUCGGCACCUUGAUAGCUGGCUAAAAAUCGUGUUGACCCAAAUAUUUUACAAAAGGUGAAUUUUGUUGAGUGACGGGGACGAGCUUUUUGGCUACGGGAAUGGCUAUUGUUGUUAAAAUUAAAACCGUAUCUGACCGUCGUCAGGAAUAGUUCAGAUUCUGAUUAGCCGCAAAGUCAGAGUAGACAGGAAUGCUAACGGAUCUAUGAAACUAAGCGACAUUGACCGCUCUACUGCUUACUGCUUUUACGCUGUAGCAGGUCCGGUCACGCUCGCAUCCCCUCACCUACCUGCGUAGUUUAGCGCAAUGGCUGCCAUGAUCCCUAAAGAACAUGAAGAACUGCUGGACUGGGAUGUGGAUACCGGAGAAUUUGAUGUUGACGAGAAAACGCUGGAGACAGUGAUGACAAGCGUCCCUGGAGAGCGCCCUGGAGGCCAACCGGAAACUAAAAAGAAACCCUUGCGGAAAAUACCUUUGGAAGAUAUCAACAUGGAGGGCGUCAAUCCUGUUGAUUUUAUGGGACAAUUGGAGGAGACGGAUGAAGACGAUAUGGAAGAAGAAUCAGAAGGCGUCGAUAAACCGAGAAGACGAUCGCGUGAGCACCGGCGACAGAGCGACCUGGAUCAUCACAAAACAUCCUCCUCAGCCGACAAUGGUGUGCAUGGUAGUUGCCCACAAGCAGCACCAAAACGCACUCGGAUCAGCUACAACGCGGAAGCAUCUUCCGUUCCAAAGCCACGAUCUCGCUCUCCGAGUCCAGUGAAAGCGGAACCCAGCAGCAAGGACUCUACUGCUGCCAAGCCGACUGUCGUGCAAGUUGCCAAAUCUGUUGACGCGGACGGAAAAGAAACUGGGCCGGCUUUGAUCAUCACGAUUCCUUUAAGCAACAAGGAAGAGCCGUCAUCCGUGUUGGCCAACAUGAUUACUCCUGAGAAAGCAGAGACGGGUUUCACGACGGAAGGAACAGAUAAUUAUCUUAAGUUUAUCUCAUCCUUGUUGCCAAAGGACGAUGUGAAAAACAGCGAUCGAGAUCGACGCAGCAGUAGACGGCGCGUGUCGGCGUCGGGACCGUUGCAGACUGAGAGCGAAACUUCGCGUGGUAAGGAUCGUAAGCCCGAUACGAGUUCCGACAAGCGAUUCAGUGACGAGAGAUCAUCCCAUCGGUCGAAGGGGGAUUCUGGAACGUCUGUGCGUCGUCGCGACGAUCGUGAUAGUGACCACCACAGCACAAAGCGGUCCUUCUCCACUGAAGAUCGCCGCGGGUCAGCGCGUACGUAUGCAAGCGUUGUCCCUCCGGGUGGGGCGCAACCUAACGCGGAGUCAAGAGUUUAUCACCGCCGGGAGGAUGUCCAUAACGCCAGACCACCAAACCCUCCUGUGACAGCCUCUGAAGCGAACUCUCAAAAAACAUUUUUCCAGAGUAGAUGUGCGCAAGUGAAGGAAAAGGUAUUUGUGCAUAAGGAUAAGUUUGCAAUUACUCCGGAGGACUUGCUCAGGCAGAAUGUGAGAUUUUUCGAUACUACGUCACCAGACGCCGUGGACCCUUUUUCUAAGACAGAAUUUAAAACAGCGGCUGAAUGUACUGAUCGACCGCUGAAACGAAGAAGUGAUACCGGUUUGGACAGUUCUGUGGACUGCGGUUCACCAUCUUCUAUGCAAGACCGAAAGCGACGCGGCAAAUCUCUCCUUCCGCUCCCUGCUCCUGACCAGCGAAAUGUUGAAGAGGGACCAAAACCUACCGAUCCUCGAGGAUAUCGUUCUGGUUUCAUGAUAGGUAUUCCACCGCCGGGUUAUGGUGGGAGCCCUAACGGGGGCCCUUUGAUUCAGUUUAACGGGACGAAUUUCAUCUCGAACGGCACGGUGCCACUUGCUGGACCACCAAAUCCUCAUCGUGCUAUACCGAACGCUGGCAGUGCUGUGCGGGGCCGGUCGACAUUAGGGCUACUGGGACCGAAAGUCCAGAACGCCGGCAUCAUACCGGACCCUAGGUUACCGUUUCCGAAUCGCCGGCGGCAAUUCAUGCCGAUGGUGAACGCUGAGCUACCAAAUAUUGACACUUACGGUACACGUGAUGCCAGCGCAAGUGAUAUUUCUGGCGGAAUGAAAAGGUCCAGCGGCUACGGGCGUGCGGUCAGCGCAUCAGACUUCGAGGCCAACUAUCAGGAUUCUGGCAUUGUUGUUGGUAAGCAGUCGACUGGUGAGCUUUCUUUUUCUGGUUACGCUUUCCGUGCGCGCUAUCGUGAUCUGGACAUACCAGACCAGCCGUACUGUAUGGAAUCGUUGCGCGAAGAGGACGGAUCAGAUUUUGACCAUCUGCUAGAGCAAUCCAUGCGCAACAAGACAUAGUUUAUCCUUGUAAUGGCAUGCUAUAGUGCGUUCGUCUGGUUUAUUCACCGGUAUAAGAGAUUUUUUCUUUUAGGAUCGUGAUAGGUACUAUGUCGGAAUAAGCUAGCUUCUGUGGUCGUUUAUGGAUAGCAUUUUCCUUUCUGAGUUGUGAUUUUUACUUUGAUUUUUGCACUGGCGAAGUGAUAAUCUGGUGAUUAAUUUUGUAAGUACGUAAUAAACUUCAAGAACUGGUGAAGGUCAACUGUUUCGGGCUUGCUUGCUGUUAGGGCUAGGGCUGCUCUUCUUUUUUGUUCUUACCCCGGGAUAUCUGAAAUGGAAACCAGGAUGUCCGGAGUUCUAGCACAAAGGAUUUCAGUUAAGUCACGCUGUGGGCGGAAUCGAAACUG